UCUUGACUGAUCGAAUCGAACAGCUGAGGACAUGCAGUUGAGCCAACUGGAAAACAGGAGACUGAUUACUAAAAGCCUCACCGCUUUUAACCGCUACUAUAUAAGCAGUCGUGGAAUAUAGUGUAGCGGACUUUAUUUAAGGAUAAUCAUAUUUUUUCAAGUGUGGCAGAGCUGUUUAGUGAGCGUAAAGCUCUUUGCAUCUAAAGGACAAUAGCCAGAACUGAGCUUGGAAACGUUGUCGUCGAAUAUCGACAGCUGCCACGGUCGACGAGUAUUUCUCCAGCCAAGAAGGGCAACGGAGGAUUUCGUUGCUUUCUGAAAGCGUCAGGUUUUAUCCAACAAGCACCGCAAAUCAGACAACACCGAACGCCAGUUUGUCAAAUACGGAUAAUACAGUCUGUCGGGGAUUGCUGAGGAAAGUGAGACUCGACUAGCGGUCGUUGCUGUGCGGUGCCCUUCCAGUGAUCCAAGCGGAUUAAAUGAACGAUAUUUUUCUCCCUUGUGUAGGGUUCGGAUCUUUUAUUCGUUGAGGUAUAUUCUGGUUUGUUUAACAAGAAGGUGUUGUACACUAAACGCAUUAUUGAACAAAGGAUCUACACGGAUUACAGUCCUAUUCUGCAACAGAAUACGAAUAAGAAUCUCAGUGGACUCUUUACACUGUUUUGCAAUGUGUAUUAAUGCAGUAACGCUUGUUUAAGGCUCCCAAUAGAAAUCUGCACCACAAAAAAUAGUCACUCAGGUCGCAUAGAAGUGGGCUGCUGAGACGUGUAUAGGAUAGAUAUUGCUAACAUCACCAGGGUUGAAAAUCCGAAAUGUGACAUUUUUCCAUUUGCCCUCAAAAACGUCCGUCACGUAACCGCUGCAUUUGCUUGCUGAGGAUCUGUUUACACCGGUCAAGGUGGCAUAUUUUCCAGUGCUGAUCUUUCUCCUUCCUAUUAUGGUCAUGAGUUUUGCUCAGAAAGAAGAGCCUGCAGUACCACGGGGCUGUGGAUUUGGCCUGACACGCCCCUAUACUCUCCUGUGUGACCUGGAGACUGUUUGGGGUGUGGUGGUGGAGGGCUUGGCUGGUGGAGGCACUCUGGCUGCCAUCCUUUUGGCUCUGGUGCUGCUAUGUCGCCUUCGUUCAGUGACCGAGGCCGAGAAGCGAAGCGGCGUGGGCCCCAUUCUCCUGCUGCUUGUGGGCAUCGUUGGUCUUUUCGGCCUGAGCUUUGCCUACCUCAUCGAGCAUAAUGAGAGCCUGUGUGUGAUACGUCGCGCCUUAUGGGGAGCCCUGUUUGCUCUCUGUUUCUCCUGUAUGCUGGCCCAGGGUGUAAGGCUGCGGCAGUUGGUACGAGAGCAACGUUGCCCUGGCGGAUGUGCUCUCACUGGGCUUGCUCUCGGUCUGGCAGCAGUCCAGGGCAUUGUGGCAGCUGAGUGGUUGCUCUUAACAGUGCUGCGACAGGGUCAGCCCGCCUGCCAGUAUGAGCCACUGGACUUUGCCUUGGCCUGCUCUUAUGUGCUGGCACUUUUGCUUGCUGCCCUAGUAGCAGCAGUGCUAGCACUGUGCGGGAGGGCUCAGCCUUGGCGCUGUAAUGCUGUAUGGCUUCUUGUCUCCUGCCUGCUGUCCAUUUUACUGUGGGCUGCCUGGAUGGGCUUCUACCUCUACGGCAACGCAGCACUGGGGAAAGCUCCAGAAUGGGAUGAGCCUGCAUUGGCUGUGGCAUUGGUAGCACAGGGCUGGCUAUUGCUGCUAUGCCAUGCUGCACCUGAGGCCCAUGGCUGUCUACAACCUCCACCGCAGCCUUCUGCUCCGGACUACUUUGACACCUCACAGAACUCUUCACGCUUGAGGGAAACCAGUUUUGAUGAAGAUAUUCCACUCUCACACAGACAGUUUGUAGAGAAUCAGGGAUAUGCAUUUGAUGAAAAUGCUGCAGGGCUGAGGAGUGGAGGCCACCAUAAUGGUAACACAGGAACCAGACCCAGCGCCCCUUUCCGCAGUAAUGUCUACCAACCAACUGAGAUGACCAUGAUACUGAAUGGGGGAACAGUCCCAUCUGCACCCCCCACAUACACAGGAAGGCAGCUGUGGUAAAGGAGCACUGGACAAAGAGGAGAUGGAAAGAAGCAUGAAGGACAAAAGAUCCUGAAUUUGGAGGGCAAAGCCCUGAUGGCACUAAUGAUCCUAACUUUUGUAGGAAUGACCCCCAGCACUGCAGUGUGACUGGAAUGAGUGAGGACUCUUGACUUGUGUAUAUGUGUGAGUGUUUGACCUUGUAGCUUCCAAGAAUUGAAGGAGCACUGCAAAGAAUACUGUGAUUUAUAGCUGUGGUUAUGUCCCAGAGUUGAACAAAAUAUGGAUUACUUUCAACAAUUACCUUGUCAAAGUAAACAGAGCAAAUAUUGGUGAUUUUUAGUCAUCACUGUCUUGCUCUACAGGUGUGUUUGAGUUUUACUUUUACUUAUUUAUUUUGUUAAUUAUUAUUUUAAACUCGUUUCAUCUUAUUAUUACUAUUGUCUCUUCUUUCAAAAUACAUAAGAAUACAUAAGUUUGACAAUCCACAGUCACUUCAGAUGCAUUUCUUCAAGUUGAUAUUCAGGGUAAAUAGAAGAAAAAUCUAACCUGCUUGGCAUGUGUGUGUGUGAGAAGGAUUGCUUGUUUACCUUCCACUUACACUGCAGUGUCAGGCUGCGUGACCUGCCACAAAGCCUUUUCCUUUCAAGACCCUGGGCUUAAACUUCAGUCCGUCUAAUGAUAGGCACUGCUUGGUUAUGUAUAUUUAAAACUUCUCGAUAGUCCCUCUUCCCAGCAGUCUAACUGGCUAUACUCUGCCACCCUAUUAACACCAGCCUAAAUUACAGCAAGUUGGUUUGAGAAUAGUGGGAUGUGGGGGAAGACAUGGUUGGGUAUCGGGAUGGAUUGUGAAUCUAGGUCAGAUGUCUGCCAUCAAACACACUCAUACACAUACACACAUGCACACACACACACCCACCCCCAUUAUUCUUUUUUACUACUGUCACCUUAUAUACAGUAUAAAUUAGAAGAUUUGCACAAAGGAGGUGACAGAUUUUUUUGAGAGUGAUAUAAGAUUGGACUGUGAGUGUUGCCAUGCCAGUACUAAGAUGGACUCCGUCAAAGAGCUUUAUCACUGGAAGGGAUUGCUGGGUAGAUGAAUAACAUACUGUGAUUUGUUAUAUAAAGAUCUGUCAUUGGCUUGGUUUCCCGUAAGUCAGAUUGGGUAAAAUGAUGAGGAAUUGUAUAUAUAAAGAUAAGUUGAGAAGGACGGAUAGUGAUACUGUGUUUCUGACUGUGAUAGUUCAUUAUUAGUUACAACAUGGAUACACCCUGCCUGUGGGAAAUGAUCAACUGUGUACCUGUGUAUGUCUGUGUGAGGGAGAGAGACAGAGUGUGAAUGAGUGUGGAGUGGAUGGCAGUGCUUUUUCUCUGUGUUGUCAGGAAACACUUCUCUCCUUUCUCUGCCUGUGUUGAUGUCCUGUGCCAAGGCAGACUCAGUUUUAUACAGGGUCUCUGUGUAAAUUCAUUCCCUUCUCCUAGGUAAUUGAAAUGUACAUACUAGUGACUUUUCCUGUGUUUUUUCUUUUUCUUUUUACUAAACAUAACAAUAAGGAGACAGCCUUCUCAAUAAAGUAAAAAAAUCCCCUUUUCCUGUUGUGGAACUGCUGAAUUGGUGUCCCCUUGACUUUUUGCACAUUUUGGAUUUUUUUAAAAAUAGUAUUUCAAAUAAUUAACCAAUUUUCUUUCAUAGAUACAAAUUCAGUUUUGAUUAAGGGAUCGUGUCAACUUUUAGUUUCCUUUGAUGUAUCUUUUUAACAAUAUCAUUUUAGUGAAUGAAAAUGUAGACACCCCCCCUCCUUUUUCUAAUAAUGCUCAUUAUUACACUAUUUUGGGUUAGAGCUGUAUAUGACACAGAGUGAUAACAUCGCUAAAUGUGGUUUAAAAAAAAAAUAAAAUAAAAAAAACUUAACCACACAGUGACUGGGAUCACAAACCACUAGUGGCACUACAGUGAAGGUAUAACAUGGAAUAAAUCUUUUAAGAAAGCCUUAUAACACAGCAUUAAGAGUAUAAUAACAGGCCUUUUUGUUGCUGAUGGAGUGCACAAACAAGGCACAUUACUGUGGUAAAUACACAGUCCCACAUACAGGUUUAUUGUGAAAUAUGUAUGUGUGCAAAUAGGAGCUAUAUAUACAUAUACACACAUACAUACUUUGUAGAAUUUGCACUUAUCAACUAUGUGUAUGUGCAUGCUCACAUCCACAUUAAAAGUUCUGUGUCAGUUUGUGUGACAUCAAGCUCAAUGUAUUAUAUGAUGGCACAAACAUGUCUUGCAUUUCUUGAAUCACAACAUAGUGAUGGAAAUUAAUGUGUCUGAUGUGUUAAAAAUAAUAAAGAGGAUAGACCAAAAUGCCCUUUAAGCUUCCUACAACAGCAUCAAUGCACUUCAACAGCACUUCCUCUGAUGUUCUGGGGCUGAAGGUAAAGAAAGUGAAAGACAGUAGUUCCAGGUACAUCUUCUCCCUGUUCAAUAAUUAUAGUAAAAAGGUGGUGAGAUUUACACAUUACACUGUUUGUGAGGUUGGUAUUCCUGACCCCAUUUGUGUUAAUGUAUAGCUUGAGUCCUGAUUUUUUUUAUGUGGUUUAAAUUACCCACUCCUUAAUUGUCUUAUCUUCAGACAAUUAGGGACAGUUGAUAGGAGUGGUGCCAGUUUAUCAUAGCUGUGACACAGCAUGCCUAUAUGUACAACUUGUUUCCCCAAUUAAAAAAAAGUUCACUGUUUCUGUAAAAGAAUCCAGACAAUGACUGAAUAAAGUGUUAUCUUUGUAGUUAUUAA